UGAACUUGAGCGCUUAAACUUGAUUUUCUUCAACCAUAACCGACAGUUUAACGAAUAAUCGUAACAUCUCGUCGAAAUGGCCCGUAAUGAAGAAAAAGCCCAAUCUAUGCUUUAUCGGUUUCGUGAAGCCCAAGCUGCUGAGCUUGGGCUAGGAACUCGAGGAGACCGUCGGCCCCGUAUGGCAAGCGCUUGCAAAAGUCUACGAGAAUGCGAACGGUGGAGAGGUGAAAUCCUAAGAGAAAUAAGUCGGAAGGUAUCUAAGAUUCAAGAUUCUGGUCUAACCGAUUACGAGGUUCGAGAUCUUAACGACGAAAUCAACAAACUCAUGCGGGAGAAAAGACACUGGGAAAACCAAAUUGUAGUCCUUGGGGGCGCAAAUUACCGCCGAAAUGUUGCUAUGCUCGAUGAUGAUGGAAAGGAGGUCCCCGGGACAAAAGGAUACAAAUACUUUGGUCGAGCAAAAGACCUACCUGGCGUCCGUGAACUUUUCCAAAGUCGCAAGGUGGACGAAGAUGAAGACAAUCAAACACUGGCAUAUUAUAAGAAAUUCAUGAAUCAAGGCCCUGCAUAUUAUGGUGACUUAGAUGAAGAGGAUGAGAGCUUGUUAGAAUCUGAACGACUAGCGGAAGAGGAAGAAUGGCAAGAAGCAUAUACAACUUUGCACGAAGUGCUAGGCCUCUUGGAAGAGGAUGCAAUACCGCAAAUGGUUCGACCCGGACCACCAUCUGCUUCGAGCGACCCCUCGACAGUUCAGUCUAAACCAAAAGCCGGAACCGCGGACAGUGUAGGUGAUAACUCGGAACCGUCUCCCUCGGACAGGCAACCGAAGACCCCUGCAUCGAACGCAACCAUACCGGCGGAUCAGUCUCAACAAGCAUCCCUUCAUGCCCAAACAGCCGCCUCGUUCAUACCCUUCCUCUCCGCAGAAAACCUCUUACCCCCGAAAAUGCCGACUCGAGUCGAAAUGGAGCAGGUCUUGCUUGAUUUGAAGAAGAAGGCCUUGGUAGAGGAGUAUUUUGGAGACGAAAAGAUGGCAGAAACGUAGGAUAGCAAACUUGCUGGUUCAUGUCCGUCUGUCAGUAAAUGUAAAUCUCACGGCGUCACUUUUGAGUCGUAUGUUGUACC